UGCCAUGUUGUUGCCGGUGCAUGGUUAAUCCCCCCGCCGUCCGUGCUCCACUCCAUGCCCGUCUUUAAUUCCCCCUAAAGCCCCCCAGCUGCCCUCCUGCCUCCGCACUCCGCGCGCGACAGACCGCGAGCCGCUCGGGCUGAUUAAUAAUUCACCGACUCGCUCGGUUUUGCUUCUGUUCCACGCCGCUCGUGCUCUCUCUCUCUCCCGCCCGUGAGAUCCAGCCACUCCGUAGCUGCAGCGCGUCGCUAUUAAUGAGCCCGUCAUUGUUUUUUUUCUUUCUUUUCCAACACGUUUAAUUUUUUUCCUGAGGAAGAAAGGAUGGAGAGGAAGCAGCGAACCGUCUGAAGAGUCUCUGGAAGAAACAGAGAAAGAGAAAGGAAGAGAGAAAGAGAGAGAGAGAGAUACCGAGAAACAAGGGAAAAAAGUUGAGUUGAGUCUCCAAGCUGGGCUCGUCGGACGACCGGCGAGCAGAGAGAGGAGCUUGGGCCGGGAAUCACUUACCUUACACCGGAUUGAGAGACGAGAGCAGGGGCCGCUACAUUCGCAAACCACUGAAACACCGAAAAACACACACUUAGACCAACACUCACUGAAUCACUCACUCACUCGUUCACGGGAACCGAGAAAGAAAACGAACAGCCAGCCCCGGCGAAAAGAGAUAGAGAGAACGCACUUCUUUUCGGUCAUGUUCUCUUCAGUUGCGGAUAUUGUAAACUGAUAUUUCUUAUAUUUGAAUCAUUUUCCUUUUUUAAAUAUUUUGGAAAGAAAAUGCUCAUCGUCUCUUGAUAGAACAGCUGCUUUUCUUCGGCGGCGAAGAAGGAAAGAAAGAAAAUAAUAAGAAAGCAAGAAGAGAAAGGAGAAAGUGCGGCGCGCUUCCUCUCUCCCGCACUUCUGUUUUUAUUUUUUUUCGGGGGUAAACUUUUUUUUCGGAAGGAGGAAAAUGGGUCUUUGAGACUGUUGGCACUCUUCCCCGCUCCACAAUGGCCACCGAAACCUUUCUGGUGAACGAAGACCCGUCCAGAGGUCCUGGGAUGCCAGAAUGCUUUGUAGUCUCUGAUUCCUACAGGGAUGAGUUCCAUCCCUUCAUCGAGGCGCUGCUGCCGCACGUGCGCGCCUUCUCCUACACCUGGUUCAACCUACAGGCCCGCAAACGCAAGUACUUCAAGAAGCACGAGAAGCGCAUGUCCAAGGACGAGGAGCGCGCAGUCAAAGACGAGCUGUUGGGCGAGAAGCCCGAGAUCAAGCAGAAGUGGGCGUCUCGCCUGCUGGCCAAGCUCCGCAAGGACAUCCGGCCCGAGUUCCGCGAGGACUUUGUGCUCACCAUCACGGGGAAGAAGCCGCCGUGCUGCGUGCUCUCCAACCCCGACCAGAAGGGCAAGAUCCGGCGCAUCGACUGCCUCCGGCAGGCCGACAAGGUGUGGCGGCUGGACCUGGUGAUGGUCAUCCUGUUCAAGGGCAGCCCGCUGGAGAGCACGGACGGUGAGCGGCUGGUCAAGUCGCCGCAGUGCACCAACCACGGCCUGUGCGUGCAGCCGCACCACAUCGGCGUGUCCGUCAAGGAGCUGGACCUGUACCUGGCCUACUUCGUCCACUCGCCAGAAUCCGGACAAUCAGACAACUCCAACCAGCAAGGAGAUGCAGACGUCAAGCCACCGCCUAAUGGGCACUUGAGUUUCCAGGACUGUUUUGUGACUUCAGGAGUGUGGAACGUGGCUGAGCUGGUCCGCGUGUCACAGACUCCAGUUGCCACAGCCACCGGCCCCAACUUCUCCCUGGCCGACCUGGACAGUCCUGGAUAUUACAACAUCAACCUGGGCCGCCGUUCCAUCACAUCAACUCCAUCAACCAGGACUGAAAUGGAGCUGUAUGGCAGUCUGCCGCGGAGCUCAAACAAGCGCAAGUCCAUUGAUGACAGUGAGAUGGAGAGCCCAGUGGAUGACGUCUUCUACUCGGGCCGUUCCCCCGCACCAGGCGGUUCACAGCCCAGCGGCUGGCCCAACGACGUGGAUGCAGUGCAGCACCAUUUGGCCAGUAUGCAGGAGAGGAAGAUUAAACAUGAGAGCGAUGGCGUGCAGUUUCCUUACCAUGGACUCUCGUCGCCUGGUUCUCUUAAGAAGCCGGGGAAAUUCGAUUUCAGCGCUCUGUCCGGCCAGACGAGGUCUGCCCGCAUGCCGUUCACCCACCACCCACUGCCCAUGCUGGCAGGAGUGAGACCAGGAAGCCCCCGUGCCUCAGCCUCCUCUCUGCACUUCCCCUCUCCCUCCAUCAUUCAGCAGUCCAGCCCAUACUUCACCCACCCCACCAUCCGCUACCAUCACCACCCGGGGCAGGACCCGCUCAAGGAGUUUGUGCAGUUUGUGUGUGCUGACGGAUCAGGCCAGGCUGGCGGCCAGCAUACUCCACGCCAGGCCCCACAGCUCCCAACAGGUUUGUCAGCAUCGGAUCACGGGACAACAACUUUCUAAACAUCCCCCAGCAGACACAGUCUUGGUUCCUCUGACAAAACCUGCCUGCCAACAAGCAAUUAAAUCCCCAUCGCUACAAUCUGGAAUCGUAAAACAGCGACAAAAACAAGAAGUUCCACCUGAAAAUGCCCUCCGACCCUCUUGCCCCCUCAAAAG